AUGAAUUCACUUGACCUUACAAAUCUUCCAGGAGUACAGUUUUGCUUUCCAUCAGUUAAUACUUCGUGUUCUAGAAAGGAGAGGCCCAUGCCAAUUACCUGUGCCAUGUACAUGGUCAUGACUGUUGCUAUAGUGAUGACCAUGCUGGGCAACAUGGCUGUGAUCAUUUCCAUUUCCCACUUCAAGCAGCUCCACUCCCCCACCAACUUCCUCACCCUCUCCAUGGCCACCACUGACUUCCUGGUAAGCUGUGUGGUCAUGCCCUUCAGUAUGAUCAGGUCCAUCGAUUCCUGCUGGUACUUCGGUGACCUCUUCUGCAAAGUGCACAGCUGCUGUGACAUCAUGCUCUGCACCGCGUCUAUUUUUCACCUCUGCUUCAUCUCCGUUGACCGCUACUACGCCGUCUGUGACCCUCUGCGCUAUGUCACCAAAAUCACUACGCCCGUCAUCGAGUUCUUUCUGCUCAUCAGUUGGUCCUUUCCCAUCUUUUUUGCCUUUGGCCUGGUCUUCUCAGGAUUAAAUGUAAUAGGUACAGAAGACUUUAUCGCAGCCAUUGACUGCACAGGUUUGUGUGUGUUGAUAUUUAACAAGCUCUGGGGGGUGCUGGCCUCCCUUAUAGCUUUCUUUGUUCCUGGGACAGUCAUGGUGGGGAUUUACCUACACAUUUUCACAGUAGCCAGGAAGCAUGCCAAGCAAACUGGCACAGGUCCUAGGACAAAACAGGCUGACUCAGAAACUGGAAAGAAAGUACCAUCCAAAUCAGAAAGCAAGGCCACCAAGACUCUAAGCAUAGUCAUGGGAGUGUUUGUGGUGUGCUGGCUGCCGUUCUUUGUCUUGACAAUCAUAGACCCUUUCAUUGAUUUUACAACACCUGAAGAUCUGUACAAUGUCUUCCUCUGGUUGGGUUAUUUCAAUUCUACUUUCAAUCCCAUUAUUUAUGGCAUGUUUUAUCCUUGGUUUCGCAAGGCUUUCAGGAUGAUUGUCACAGGAAAGAUCUUCAGCCUCCAUUCUUCCACUCUGAGCUUGUUUCCUGCCCAUUCUUAG